AUGCAUACCUCUCAGGCCUUCUUCAUAGCCUUCGGGCUCAUCGUUGGCGCUGCUUCUUACAAGCACUCCCCAACCAAUGCCACUUACCCUUGGAGCGAACGUGUUGACUUUCCCCUCAUUCCCGUUGCUGUCUCCAUGAUCCCAAAGACCGGAGACCUGGUGAUUUGGUCUGCCUACACAAACGAAAGCUUUGGUGUCGAUGCAUCUGGCGUUACUCAAACAGCCAUUUACAACCUCACUGACGGCACGGUUGGCCACUACUCUAUUGAUCAUACCGAGCACGACAUGUUCUGUUCAGGAAUCAGUCUGGACUUCAAGGGCAAUAUCAUUGUUUCCGGUGGCGACACCGAAGAAAAGACCAGUAUCUUUGAUGGCCAGUCUUGGAGAGCAGCGGCUGAUAUGCAAAUACCACGCGGCUACCAAGCGUCCACGACAAUUACCGACGGACGCAUAUUUACCAUUGGAGGGUCUUUUAGCGGUGGAAUUGGCGGCAAGAAUGGUGAAAUCUAUGAUCCAGAGACUGACAAGUGGGCAAUGAUGCCUGGGUGCUCUGCCAAACCCAUGCUUACCAACGACGCCGGUGGUCUAUAUCGCUCGGACAAUCACGCCUGGCUUUUUGCCUGGUCCAAUGGCUCUGUAUUGCAAGCUGGACCUAGCACCAAGAUGCAUUGGUAUGGCACUCAUGGAAACGGAUCCACGACGUUUGCGGGGACUCGAGCAAAUGACAGUGACGCCAUGACCGGUAUGGCUGUCAUGUAUGAUGCUGGAAAGGGCAAGAUUCUUACCUUAGGUGGUGCUCCUUCAUACAACGACAGUCUGGCUACGUCCAAUGCCCACCUCAUCACGGUGCGCAAGCCUGGAGAGCCCGUAAAUGUCGAAACGCUUGACAAAAUGCAUUCUGCCCGCGCAUUCGCCAACUCUGUGAUCCUACCAGAUGGAAAAGUCUUCGUCGUGGGCGGUCAGUCCCAUCCCAUUGUUUUCACUGAUACCAACUCCAGCCUGAUCCCAGAGAUGUGGGAUCCUAAGACGAAGAAAUUCACCGAAUUGCCGGCACUCCCAACACCACGGAACUAUCACAGUACCGCACUUCUUCUCCCCAAUGCCACAGUUUUCGUCGGUGGUGGCGGCCUCUGCCCUUGGAAGUGCGACGCCAAUCAUUUGGACGCACAUAUCUAUACACCGCCCUACUUUUUCGAGUCUGAUGGCGUCACACCAGCAACACGACCGUUCAUCACCCACAUCGCUAACCCAAUCCUCAAAGUUGGUCAGACCCUCAACGUCACGCUCUCAAAGCCUGUUGAAUCAUAUCAGAAACUCACGUUCUCGAUGGUUCGAAUGGCCAGUUCGACACACACCGUCAACACUGACCAACGUCGGGUAAAUGUGUCCCCACAAGCUGCGACAUCAACCUUGUUCACUCUUGGUCUUCCGCGUGAUCCUGGUGUACUGCUCCCUGGUUAUUGGCAUCUUUUUGCUAUGCUCAAUGGGGUUCCCAGUGUUGCUGAGACGAUUCUUGUUGGGCCGCCUUUGGCAUAG